CCUCCUCCUCCUCCUCCUCCUCCUCCUCCACAAAUAGCGAUGCUGCUGGCGAAAACGUUACGUUUCCUGCAAAUUUGCAGAUUAAACGCAAAAUGCCCACCAACAACUGCCUGGGCCACAGCACCACUCUGCGGAGCGACACAUCGGCUCUACGCAUCCAGCCCCAUCGACAUGAGCUUCGAGCUGUUUGAGGGCCAAACCAGCGACUCCAGCCAGGCACCGCUCAUCACAAUGCACGGCCUGUUCGGCUCCAAGCAGAAUUGGCGUGGUAUCAGCAAAGCCCUGGCCCAGCGGACCAACAGGAAGAUCUACGCUGUGGAUGCCCGGAAUCAUGGCGAAAGCCCUCACACAACCACCCACAACUCGCCGUCAAUGUCGAACGAUGUGCGCCGCUUCCUGGAGAUGCGAUCUUAUACAAAAGCCUGCCUGAUGGGCCACAGCAUGGGCGGUCGCUCAAUGAUGCUCUUUGCCCACAAGUAUCCGGAAAUGACGGAACGUCUAAUUGUCGUUGACAUUUCUCCCAUUCGAGUGCCCCGCUCCACUGGCGAAAUGCAGCGCAUAUUCGAUGCCAUGAUUAAUCUCUCCCUCUCGCCGGAUUUGCCCUUGUCCGAGGGACGAAAGCUGGCCCAGCAGCAGCUGCUGAAGGCCACCGACUCGAGUGAAACUGUGCAGUUUAUCAUGCUAAAUCUGAGGAAGGAUCCCCAAACCGGAGCGUUCUCGUGGGCCUGCAAUGCGAAGCUGCUGAGCGAAUUCCUGCCACGCUUUCAAGACUACCGAUCACACUUUGCGUCCCUGCCACCGUAUCGGGGGCCAACCACCUUUAUUUGCGGCACUCAGUCGCCAUACAUGAAACGCGAGGACUGGCCGCAGAUUCUGGAAAUGUUCCCCAAUGCAGAAAUCCAUUGGCUGAAUGCCCACCAUCUUGUGCACUUCGAACAGCCGCAGCAGUUCAUCUCAAUUGUCACCGAAUUUCUCAACAGGCCUUUGAGUGCCUCAUGAAAUUCUCUAGCGAUUCAAAUUGUACAAAGCAAUUUAUAAGAAAGAGACACCAAAGCACA